GACAGUGCUAAAUUGCAUGGUCCGCUUUCCGCAUGGUUAUUGUUUAAUGUUUGCAUUAUUUUGUUACUUUGGUGUAUGAAGUUUUGUAAAAUUAUACAACUCUGAAGCUCAUUUUUUUUUUUGAAAAGGAAACCUUAUUGUGUAUUACUGACUCCCCCAAUAUUAUAAUAAAUAAUCAACAAAAAUGUCUGAGGAAAAUGUAGUAAAUGUAAAACACCGUAUGUUACAAUUACUUUCUGAUGUGGACGAAGCUGAUAUGGAAACGAUUGAACAAUGGAUAUGUAAUCGAUCAUACAGAAAGGAUUUAGAACGUUUAAAAGCGUUGAAAAGUUCACAGAAAACACUCGUAAAAAUUGGUAAUUCAAUUAAGAAAAUUGUGCCAUUUGAAGCAGAGAUGCCAUCAGAAAUUAUAAAACCACCAACAGUUGGAAAUCAAGUAGAUUGCAAUGAAAUUAAUACAUGCCAUGUGGAUGAAUUCCUAUAUGAUGAUAAUGAAGUAGAAAAACUUAUUAAAAAAGGGAAACUAAAAAAAUACUAUUGUACAAACUGUAACCAUCGGGAUGUACAAGAAUUGAUAUACAUUUCACAUUCAAUGUCCUGUCAAGCUCUACAAUAUAUAUUCAAAGUUUUGCUUCCAAGUGAUUUAGAAGAAAAGCAAAUUUUGGAUGUUGGUUCACGAUUAGGUGCAGUUUUAUAUGGUGCUUACUAUUUAUCGAAUGCUGGAACUAUCAUAGGUGUGGAAAUGAAUCAGGAAUGUUGUGAUGUUCAAAGCAGAAUCAUUGAACAGCAUACAAUGGACACGAACAGAAUAAAAGUAGUUCACUCUGAUAUAAUGGAAAGAAGUGAUCUUGUGACAAACUCCAAUAUUAUUGUAAUAAAUAUCUUAGAAUUCUUUGUUGACAAUGAAAAACAUAAGGAAAUGUGGUAUUUCUUCAAAAAAUAUAUUAAGAAAGGAAGUUAUCUUGUUUGUAACAGAUCUAUGACUGAUACAUUUGUAAAUUUAGAUAUAUUUGAAGAAUUCAUGAAUUGGUUGAGUGUUUGUAAACCACAUCAAAUAGAAAAUGAAAUACUUUUUGAUAUUGAAGAUUAUGAAGAUUUGUACUUGUAUACUGUUAAUUAAAUAAUAUAAAAACAGAUUCUGUUUCAUUUAAAACAAAAUGAGAGUUUUGUUAUUUUACAUAAUUAAAAUGUAUUUAGUUGUAUGUGUUAGUUUUUCUCUAUGGCUUAGGGCCGAUUUUUACAACGCUAGUUAAAUUUUAUGAGAGAAAUAAGUUUCAGUUAAGAAUUUUUCAAACUUAUUCCUUCAUAAAAUUUAAGUGGCGUUGGAAAAAUCGGCCCUUGAACAUCUAAACUUUACGUACUUUUUAGGUAGCAAAAUCUUUCCCAUUCUGAAAAAAAUAUUUUAAAAUGAAUUAUUAUUAUAGUCGC